AUGGAAAAGGUUACAUCUGUAUGUGUGAGCUGCAUGCUGCACUGGUUCACCCUAAUGCUGACUCUGCUGGGUGGAGUCCCUGCCUUGCCUGUGGGUUCAAACCCUGAGUGCUCUGCUGGUUCCACAGCCAAAUACAGCCUGACGUUUACGGGCAAGUGGAGUCAGACUGCCUUCCCAAAGCAUUACCCCCUUUACAGGCCCCCUGCUCAGUGGUCUCCCCUUAUUGGAGUGACGCACAGCUCAGACUAUCACAUAUGGCAAAGGGAUGAAUAUGCAAGCAACGGAGUGAGAGAGUUCAGUGAAAAAGGAGAAGCAUGGACACUGAUUAAAGAGGUGGAGGCAGCUGGAGAGCGCAUCCAAAGUGUAUAUGGCCUCUUCUCCACACCAGCUGUAACUGGUGGAACAGGCCAGACGACCUCUGAGUUUGAAGUCUUUGCAAGACAUUCAUUUUUAUCUUUCAUUGUACGGAUAGUGCCCAGUCCAGACUGGUUUGUGGGGGUGGACAGCUUAAAUCUUUGUGAGGGAGAGAACUGGAAAGAGAGUGUAACGCUUGACCUGUACCCUUACGAUGCUGGUACAGACAGUGGCUUCACAUUUUCAUCCCCCAACUUUGAGACCAUUCCUCAGGACAAAGUCACACAGAUAACCUCAUCAUUACCAAACCAUCCAGCAAAUGCCUUCUUCUACCCUCGACUGAAGCAUCUACCUCCCAUUGCAAAAGUAACCUUAACCAAGAUAAAAAACAAUCAAAUCUUCAACCUGCCUAUUGAGCCUACCCAAUCAAACCAGAUUCCUACAGGAAAUGACAUUGAAGAUGCCCUCAUAAAUACUCCUCUCGACUGUGAAGUAUCUGUGUGGUCACCGUGGGGGUUAUGUCAGGGCAAAUGUGGUGACAAAGGGGUGAGGCAUCGGACUCGCUUCAUCCACAUGCAGCCUGCUAACAGCGGGGCUGCUUGCCCGCUUCUGGAGGAGGAGAAACCCUGUGUUCCAGACAACUGUGUUUGA